GGGCUCUGCUGUUCAGUUAGAUCCACCGAAGUGGACUAGAAGCCAACACAGGGCUGUGUCUGGAGGGGGACCCAUGGGGCCCUCCAGCUAAUGAAGCCCUAUAUCAGUCCAGUAUCCCCCUCCCACAAGCCCUCAGAGACAUAGUCUGCCUUCCUUCCUGGGCCUGAGCUGGACCUCUCAGGAUAAGCCAGUGGCUAAAAGUUUAUGCAUGCACCUAUUUUAAUACAUGUAUUUUUUGAACAUGUAGCCUGAAUUCUGAGUACUUACAAAGUAUAACAAGCCUUCUUGACUAAUAUACUGUCACAGAUUGACAAAAAUUUAUCAUGAGAUAAGGAAAAUGAGCUAAUAUUUUAUUUCAAAAACUUUGGAUUUACCUCUUGCACCUCACUUUGCUAGCCUCUUAGCUCUGUUCCCAAGGGUCAUGUUUUGGCUGUGUGAAGUUAGGGCAACUUCCUUAACCUCACCAGGCUUCUGUUUUCUCAUUUGUGAAACAUACUUGAGAAUUAGAAUUCAACCUCUCUAGCUUCCCUGGUUUGCUAUGCUGAAAGUAGAAACAAGUCCUUUUCAUUGGAAAGAUUCUAGGCAAGCGAUAGGGGCCACCUAUGAUAUCAAACACGGGGAAGUUCAGGGGUUGGAAACCAUGUUUUUUCACAGUAAGUAAUUACACUGGGUUUGGAAUUCCUGACUUCCUCUUGAGUCGUUCUUAGAAGCCUAUUAGAGCUAAACUCCCCCACCUAAACCUAUACUAAUACAAAUAACUGGUAAUAUGUACUGUGCGCUAGACACUUUUCUAAGCACUUCACGCAGUAAUAGUAUCUCGUUCCUCCCAACCACGCAGUUAGGUGCCAUUCUCCCCAUUUUGUUAAAUGACUUGCCCAAGGUCCUACAGCUAGGAAGUCAACGGAGCCCCGACUCCAUACUCUGCCCCUCCAGGGCCCCUGUCCUUGACACUGGUGCUUCUGAAGUUGCCUUGGGCAGAGAUCUUGUUCCGGUCGUGGUGGUGGCCUCGUGCUGGUGCACCACCUGUUGAAAAAGCAGAUGGAUAGACGCACGCAAAACCAUCGUUGCGUUGGCGGAGGGACGCCGGACGUGGCUGCGCCCCUCGUCACCCCGCGGACGCGCUCUCGUGUCAUCCCAGGCCGUUCUCACAGUUCUUCACCACUUCCGGUCCCGGCCCCGCCUCCUCAAGGCCUCUCCGUGCGUUUUGCGUUCAAGAAUUUUGUCCCCAGCGCCGAGCCGUCUCUCCGCCCCCGCCGCUGCCAUGGCGGCAGCUCCGCCGGUCUCCAAGGCCGAGUAUCUGAAGCGUUAUUUGUCUGGGGCAGGUGCCGGCGUCGAUGGGGCCUCUGAGUCGGGUCGCAGGCGUCGCAGAAAGCGGCCUAAGCCUGGCGGGGCCGGCGGCAAGGGAAUGCGGAUCGUGGAUGAUGAUGUGAGCUGGACAUCUAUUUCCACCACUAAACCGGAAAAGGAGGAAGAGGAAGAUGAUGGAGAUUUGCCUGUGGUGGCUGAGUUUGUGGAUGAGCGGCCAGAAGAGGUCAAGCAGAUGGAAGCCUUUCGUUCCAGUGCCAAAUGGAAGCUUCUAGGAGGUCACAGUGAAGAUCUGCCCUCACACAGACACUUCCGUCGUGACUCCCUGGAUUCAUCUCCCCCAAGGAGGGUCCGUCACGACACCCCGGACCCAUCUCCCCCGAGGAGGGUCCGUCACGACACCCCGGACCCAUCUCCCCCCAGGAGGGUCCGUCACGACACCCCGGACCCAUCUCCCCCCAGGAGGGUCCGUCAUACUUCUCCGGAUCCUUCUCCCCUCAGGAAGCCUCAUCGUCAUUCUUCAGGCAUGUCUCCUAGGAGAACCCAUCAUGACACACCAGAUUCAUCUCUUCCUAGGAGGGCCUGUCACAAUUCCUCAGAUAGCUCUGUUCCCAGAAGGGCUCAAAAUAGCUCACCUGACACAUCUCAACCUAGAAGGACUCAUGACUCCUUGGACACAUCGCAGCUCAGGAGGGCCCAUCAUAACUCCCCUGAUUUGGCUGCUAGUGUCCCUCAUUCACUGCCCAGACCCAAAAGCAGUAAAGGCCCAGAGAGAGCUUCUAGGAAAACUUCUCCACAUUCGAAGGGGCCGGGACCAUCUCACACAUCAAUCCCAAAGAACAGCAAAUAUGAGUAUGACUCGGACCGCUCUCCUCCACGAAAAAAGCGAGCAAAAUCCCAUAAGCAUGAUUCUAAAGACUCUUCCCCCAGCCAUAGGAAAUUUCGUACAAACUCUUCGCCUAGGAGAUAUCAGAGUCACAUGUUGGACUCUUCCUCCUACCCAGAUGAUAGUCGGAAAGCCUCUGAUUCAGAUCUUUCUCCUCCACGGCAAAAACAGAGUUCAGGGCACAAAAAUUCUGAUUCAGAUCUGUCACCUCCACGGAAUAGACCUACAUACCGGAGCUCUGAUUCUGACCUGUCUCCACCAAGGAGGAAACAGAGGGCCAAAUCUUCUGAUUCCGAUCUGUCUCCACCUCGAAGGAGUCAGCCUCUAGGAAAGAAGGCUGCUCACAUGUAUUCUGGGGCAAGAACUGGGUUGGUGUUAACUGACAUACAGCGAGAGCAGCAAGAGCUCAAGAAACGGGACCAAGAAACUACGGCGUUUGAAGCUGAAUUCCAAUAUGCUGAAACUGUAUUUCGAGAUAAGUCUGGUCGUAAGAGGAAUUUGAAACUGGAACGUUUAGAGCAAAGGAGAAAAGCAGAGAAGGACUCGGAGAGAGAGGAGCUGUACGCUCAGUGGGGAAAAGGGCUUGCCCAGAGCCGGCAGCAGCAACAAAAUGUGGAGGAUGCAGUGAAGGAAAUGCAAAAGCCUCUGGCGCGCUACAUUGAUGAUGAAGAUCUGGAUCGGAUGCUGCGAGAACAGGAAAGAGAGGGGGACCCCAUGGCCAACUUUAUCAAGAAGAAUAAGGCUAAGGAGAACAAGAAUAAGAAAGUGAGACCUCGCUACAGUGGUCCUGCCCCUCCUCCCAACAGAUUCAAUAUCUGGCCUGGAUAUCGCUGGGAUGGAGUUGACAGAUCCAAUGGAUUUGAACAGAAGCGCUUUGCCAGGCUUGCCAGCAAGAAGGCGGUGGAGGAACUUGCCUACAAGUGGAGUGUUGAGGAUAUGUAACUUUUCUGAGGCUGUGGGGCGGCUGUGGGUUGUGGUAGUGGACAUAGGGCAGCCAGACAUCCAGCUGUAACAGCUGUCUAUGCUAGUAAUCAGGGUCCACACAGACCAGCAACCUGAAUGCCAGUUUUGACUACAGAAGAAUAUUUUGAGACCUGAUAUUUGGACUGAGGCACCUGUACUUCUCAGGUGUUCCAACACUGGCGAUUGCUGGCCUUCAGAGGAAGCAUUGCAUUUUCAGUGUCCCAGAGUUUGUUCUUGGUUAGGGUUUUUCUUUUUUAAUAAACAUACAUUUAUUUUUUCACAA